AUGUUGCAAACUGUCAACAUAACCUUCCCAAGAUCUCCAACAGGAGGACAAGCUUUUUAAACUACUAUUUCUCUCUGUGGAAACUAAACCUCCUACGCUAAUCAAGAUGAAGGUUGUCGGAUCUACCUGCGCCCUCAAGAGCAAAGUCGGCGGUGAGGACAUGGUGCGCUGCCUGUCCGAGCAGAGCUUGACCAUCGCCAAGUGCAAGAUCCCGCUGCUGGACGAGAAGAUGACCGCCUUCCUUCACGACAUGAACAGCUGCUACAGCAAGCUGAAGGAGCUCGUGCCCACUCUGCCCACCAACAAGAAAGCCAGCAAAGUGGAGAUCCUGCAGCAUGUCAUCGACUACAUCUGGGACCUGCAGGUCGAGCUGGACGAGCCGGAGAAGAGCCGCCAGCACUCAGCCGGCAGCGUCACCCGCACACCGCUGACCACGCUGAACGCAGAGAUCGCCAGCAUCGCAGUGGAGAAUGGAUGCUCAGAUGACAGGAUUAUGUGCCGUUAAGAGCUCGUGGAGCAUCGCACCAUCACCCCACAGCGAGCACCGCGAACAACCAACAAGGCUAUCUGAUGUGACCACAUCUAUAAAAAACCUUGAACUGUGCAGGGACGUUAAAAACUCCCAAUGCUAGAUUAAAUAACGUAUUGUGGACAUCGUCCGACGGAGAGGAUCUCUGUCACUCAAGACUCUCGAUUGAUCAGAGGGCCCUGAAAGAAGAAGACCGGUGGUGUCCAGAUAUAGACUGGGUUAGCCGGAGGACCAAGACAUGUUCAGUGCAACCAGCAUCGCUUGUUGCUUGUAGAGUUUCUUAAGAAAGUUUCUGUUACGCUCUUUGUAUCUUGUGUAAACCAUAUAGAGAUAUUCAACAUUUUGUCAAAGAAAAAAGUAAAUUUCUCAGAUUCCUGAGCGACAACCUGUAUUGUAUAUUACAAUGCCACAUUAUGUGAAGAUAUUGUUUUCUUACAAUGUACCUUAUUGGUGUUUUUAUUAAAACAAGACAAUUAUUUUUGAA